AUGAAAGGUGUUCUGGCCACGUUGUUGCUCAGUUGGCUGUCGCUAGCCAGAGCCGAGCCGCACUUUAUCGAUUGGGAGGUGGGCUUGGGGGAGCAGGAUGGAUUCAGCAUGGUGGACCACGAACGGCUCAUGGAUCUGCGUACCUUGGGCACGGAGUUCUUUCGGCAUUUCCGGAACAUUUCAGAGGCGGACUCAGAGCUCCUCGAGGGGUGGCUGCCCAGUCAGCAGGAUCUGGUGUGCCUUGCAGACAUGGCCCAGUUAAUGCAGAGUCUGACGACGGGACGGCUGUGGGCCCUCAACAUGAUUGAUUCGUGGGGCACCAUACCGGCUGGCUAUCUGAAGGGGAAUAUCAUCGAUAUGGACAACUACGACAAGUGCACCGGGGUGCACAAGGCGGUGAGCGAGGGGCACAGCAUUCAGGGGAAGUACUGCCUCUUGGAGCUGCCUAUUGCCAAGUGGCUUGGCUUUGACAUGGACCUCUUGAAGGCCACCAACAUGAGGACCGCUGUGUGCUUCCCGUCCUCCUGCUCUGCCGCGCUUAUGGAGACCAUUUUGGGCCAGCUUCUUCAGCGGCUGCUCGGUGUCAGUGAUGCCAAGGAGAAGUUUGCCAUAGACGAGGCGACCUGCCGGACAGGCGAGACCCCAUCCCUGGACAGCCUCACCAUUGUGACCAUGUAUGUACUGAAAUGUUAG